ACCGAGGCCCCACCGGAGGCCAAGGAGGCCCCGCUGGUCCCGCGGGGGGGGGCUGCCAACAAGACCCCAGCGCCCACACCAGCCCUGGAGGAGACGGAGAGCGAGAACCUGAAGCCCAUCGUUAUCGAUGGCAGCAACGUGGCCAUGAGCCAUGGAAAUAAAGAGGUGUUCUCCUGCCGAGGUAUCCUGCUGGCUGUCCAGUGGUUUUGGGACCGGGGACACAAGGACAUUACCGUCUUUGUGCCGUCGUGGAGGAAGGAGCAGCCGCGACCAGAUGUGCUUAUCACAGACCAGUACAUUCUCCGUGACCUUGAGAAGAAGAAGAUCCUGGUCUUCACCCCUUCCCGGCGCGUUGGAGGCAAGCGUGUGGUCUGCUACGACGACCGGUUCAUCGUGAAACUGGCGUACGAGUCCGAUGGCAUCGUGGUUUCCAAUGACACCUACCGGGACCUGCAGAACGAGCGUCCUGAGUGGAAGAAGUUCAUCGAGGAGCGUCUGCUGAUGUAUUCCUUUGUCAAUGACAAGUUUAUGCCUCCAGAUGAUCCCUUAGGGCGACAUGGUCCCAGCCUGGAUAACUUCCUCAGAAAGAAACCUGUGGUGCCAGAACACAAGAAACAGCAGUGCCCUUAUGGGAAGAAAUGCACUUAUGGAAUUAAGUGUAAGUUCUACCACCCUGAGAGGAUCAAUCAGCCCCAGCGCUCGUUAGCUGAUGAACUCCGAGCCAAUGCAAGGUUGUCUCCUACGCGAAGUAGCAGUGCCAAGGAGGAGAAAAAGGGCAAAAGAGGUUCCCAGGCAGAGCUGUUGUGCUCUGUGUCCCCAGAGAGCGAGAAGAGCUCUUUGCAGAAGGUCUCUGCAGACAGGAAGAGCUUGGCCCACAAGGCAAAGCCCAGCGAUGUUCCCCUUCAGGCCAAGGGCUGUGUGCCAGGCAGUGUCCCCCCCAGCAGCGGGAGCCACAGGUCCUGUGACCGGUACCAGCAGCCUCACAUGGACUCUCUGUCCUACGUUUCUCAGGAGCAUCUCGACUCAGGCAUUGGGUCUCUGGAGAACCAACUGUCUGACAUGUGGCCUUACAGAUCCACGGGGCACUGUGACCAUUCCCAUGCUGAGCAGGUUGCAUAUAGCCCCGAGAUGUCUCGGUCGGGAGCCCCUCACUCCUUUUCAGGCUAUGGGGUACCCAUGCACCCAGCUAACGCUGGGCAGUACAGUCUGCCCAGUGAGUACAGCCCCCCUGCGCCCCAUUCUCGCGAGUACUGGUCUGAACCGUACCCGAUGCCUCCUCAGGUGAGAUCCACUGCUGUGCGAGAUGCUCACCCGGUGCAGAGAGCCCCGGGGCCGGCGUACGGGGACUCGUGCCAGUGGGCCGUGUCCGACCAGUUUGCUAAGGAGAGGGCCAACGUGCACGUCAAGCUGUGCGGCAUCUUCCAUCCCCACUUGGUCGAUGCGGUCAUGAGCCGUUUCCCUCGGCUCCUGGAUCCCCAGAGGCUGGCAGCAGAGAUCCUGACGUACAAGUCCCAGAACCCGGGUGUGUGA